AAUCACCUUUCUCCGGCCAUAUGGCCGGGGCCACGCUAGUAUAAGUACGAUUGAUGGUGGUCCCCAUGUACCCAACAUCAGGAGGCGAUUCUCAACCUUUUCUUCCUCCUUUCCCUUUCGCUUUGCCGAAUGCUGAUUGCUUGUUCAGUUGCUGUGCUUUUAUUAACACCGACUUCUCGCUUAGCAGAUUACACUCAUUAUUUUCUAUUCCCCUCCGACGACGAAGGUUUCAGCUCCUGCAUAUUCGCUGCGAAUUUUGGCUUCUCGUGGUUUCUUGCUAUCCCAAGUGUCAGCUGGGUUUGGUGGUAAAGCAGAAGAUUACAUCGGGAUAUUGGUGCAUGGCGCCGUAAGUUGGUCGGUGUCACACCGAUCAAAUAGGUCGGUGUCGCACCGAUCAUCUAUAGUCACUAGUUGGGGAGUCUUUUCGGGCAAUCAAUCUAAGCAACAAGAAGUGAACACUCUUUGUGCUUUUAUGUUUUCGGCUUGGUCGAUGGGCCCGACUCCAACAUCCUUGUUGGCGAGAUGCAAGAUUUUGAAGCCCAUAUCAAACGUGAGCCAAAACAGAAUAAAUGGCCGAUACUCAAACCUUUUCUUCUUUGCCAAAUUUCGUUGAGGCUACUUAAAUUCCUCUGACCAAAUUGAAGUUUUACGCGAUCAAUUCCUUUCCUCGUCAAUCCAUAUAUCUGAAAAAUAGUGAUAAGCUGAUCAAACGAAUGAUCUUAACUUUCUGCGGUGCGAUGUGUCCUGAUUGAUAAAUUUGGUUUGUAGUGCAUCUGAGGGCUGGCCAUUUCUCGCAGUUGAAAAAGAAAGAUGGUUUCCGCGAAUAGGGAAAUGGCGGUGUAUUGCUUUGACACUCUUGUUGCUCACUAUAACAACGAGGAAGCACCCCCUCCUGCCUUUGACGAGGGCCAACAGUAAACCCUUUUCUCCAAUGCUUUUCCUCUCAACAUUCAUUGAUUUGUCAUGUCUGGGGUCAUUUGAUUCAUUGUGAUUCUGGUGCAAAGGAAACCCCUUCCUUUAUCAUUGUCUUUGGCCUAAUUUCUUUCUGGAGACCCUCUUUUUAGAAUGGUUCAGCGAUUGAUUUCAUGGUUUGAGCUACUAAUUGCUUGCUUUCUUCUUAAUACUCUCUACAAGGUGCCGGAGGCUUCCCUGUCUUUCAUUCUUAUGAACUCUUUGCUGGUGUUAAAGUAUCCUUGUACUUCACUAGGGUCGCCUUAUCACCCAUGAGUAGUCAUAGACUAAGCUGCAAGUUACUGUAAACCAAGAUUUCUGCUCUUUUCCCCUUUUUUAUCAAAUUGAGAGGGUGAUGUUUCCGUGAAUCUUAUACAAGUUAAGCUUUUCAGUGUUUGCUACUAAAAGACCUGGCUGUCGUAACUUUUAGAAGAUUGAAACAAGACAUAUGUUUAUCAAGAUUAAAAUAAUACAUAUUUUUUAUGGACAUGUUUCUAUUUGGGGGGUCUGAAUAAAAAGCAAUAUUAUUUUGAGGCUUUUAGCUGACAACUAACUAUUCAUAAACAAUUAUGGGCUGUUUUCAUCUCUUUUUCUUUUCUUUUCUGUUCAGUAAAAUGUCUAUAGUUUG